AUGCCGCCGAAGGUCGACCCCAACGAGAUCAAGAUCAUCCACCUGAGAGCGACGGGUGGUGAGGUCGGCGCCUCCUCGGCGCUGGCUCCCAAGAUCGGUCCUCUGGGUCUGUCCCCCAAGAAGGUCGGCGAAGAUAUCGCCAAGGCCACUGGUGACUGGAAGGGUCUGCGCGUGACCGUCAAGCUCACGAUCCAGAACCGGCAAGCCGCUGUGUCGGUUGUCCCGACUGCGUCUUCUCUGAUCAUCCGCGCGCUGAAGGAGCCCCCACGGGACCGCAAGAAGCAGAAGGACAUCAAGCACAACAAGUCGAUUCCUCUGGACGAGGUCAUCGACAUUGCCCGGACAAUGCGCUACAAGUCUUUUGCCAAGGAGCUCAAGGGCACUGUCAAGGAGAUUCUCGGCACUGCCUUCUCCGUCGGCUGCCAAGUCGACGGCAAGCCGCCACAGGACGUGAUCGAGGCCAUCGAUGCUGGCGAGAUUGACAUUCCCGAGGAGUAA